GAAAUGACCUCACACUGAGUUCCGAGUUUGAGCCAUUCGCAAUCGCACCACUCAUUUCAACCGGGCCAGAAAAGCCGCCUGAACAGCCAAAUUAACCUGUUUGGUUAUUGUUUCCCGUCUCCCUUCGUUUACCACCCAAUUCACAUGCUCCAUGGGCGAGGAUACAGUUCUUGAUGUACAACCGCGCGAGGCCAGCCGCGCACCCACCACGGCCGGAUAACGGAGUCAGCACCACUACACACAAUCGAGACAUUGCCGCUGACAAGCGCUCCUCCUCCGAGUCCCGCCCUUGGGCCCCCGCUGCAGUCACGGCCCCAGCCGCCCCGGCUCCUCGCAGAUCCUCCGUGCCCGACUAUGCUGCCCACCAAUCUACGGCCCCCCAUCCCCGCAGCGGGCGUGGAACAACAGUAGCAACGGCGCCGGAUCAUCACCAUGUCGGCGCCGGGCCCGUCCGCUCAACUCUCCUCCAGCCCCGCGUUGCUGUUGCCUUGGGCGUUUCCAAGAAAUGGUACCCCGUGCUCUUCCUCUGCCGCCUGGCCUCCAUCGGCCCAGGCAUGCUGUUCGGACUGCCGAAUGCCCUACGGCUCCUGGCAACGCUGCACCUCAUGUACCUCGACUGGGUCCUCGACGGCGACGCCUUGAGCAAGCUUGGUCGGGGAGCAGGGGGCGCCGAUGGCCCACCCACCUCGGGCUACGACACCGCGUUUGAAGCCAGGCUGCGGCUCACUGAGGCGUUGCUCGCGACAAUAUGGUGCUGCGCAUCAGGCUACCUCUCCUUUUUCUUCACCGACUGCCUCAUGUCGCGCUGGCUGCUCAACUACACCCCACAAGCGACCAUCGUGCGGCUGCUGACCGUCGACGCAAUCAACGGCUACUUGACGUCCUGGGUUUUGCACCUGACAGGCGGGUUCGAAGACCCAAGGCUUAUCCUGCCGGCCUGGAUCGUAAUCUCUACUACACUAACAGUCCUCUACCACAUCACCCAACGCAAGAUCAACAUCCGCAAGGAGACAUCCAUGUCCAUCAGCGUCUUCUCCAUCGCGAGCUUCGUCAGCAUGGUGGCCCUCCUGGUGCAGCUGCACUCGAACCGCUUCGACUACCCCGACAUCCCGCUGCUCAACUUUGCCCGGAGGGUGUUCCACGAGGUCGGGAAGCUGGCUAUCCGUGUCAUGGAAUACUGUGAUAUUACCCGAGAGCUUUAA